AGUGCAGUUAUUCAUACUCGCUUACGUUUGAUGUCGUCAUUGAUUCAAAUUGCCAGUGAAUCUAUUGGAGAUUCAGUGAAGGAGCGACGCCAUCCGGACACGCUUUUGUUUGUGGAUGAACACUCCAACCCGUUUCGGAAAUGUGGACAGAAAUUGGGAAAUUAAUAUUUUUUCAUUUUUUACUUUCGGAAUUCUACUCAGCAAAAGGUACCGAAACUGGCACUGAGACAGAGUGCGAGGAUGGACAGUUUCAGUGUAACAAUAAGAGAUGCAUUCCCACCAUAUGGAGGUGCGAUGAUGAUGAUGACUGCUCUGACAACAGCGAUGAGGAGAACUGCCUGAAGAUCACAUGCGCACCCUCAGAGUUUGCGUGUGCGAACGGUCAGUGUGUUCCUGGGCGUUGGCGUUGUGACGGAGAACCUGAAUGUCCAGAUGGAUCAGACGAGGCUGAUGCCACCUGCACAGUCAAACAGACGUGUCCACCAGAGAAGUUUGACUGUGGAGGGAAGUGUGUGUCGCUGUCCUGGCGGUGUGACGGAGAAAGAGACUGCGAAAACGGUGAAGAUGAAGCAGAUUGUGCAGCAGAUGCAAAGUCCUGCUCAGCGGGGGAGUUCCAGUGUCGUAACCGUAAAUGUUUAGCACCGGUCUAUGUGUGUGAUGGCGAUGAUGACUGUGGAGAUGGCAGCGAUGAGGAGAAGUGCUCUCCGCCCACCUGUGGGCCGCACGAGUUUCGCUGUAACAGCUCAGAGUGCGUGCCACAGCCCUGGACCUGCGACGGAGACCCUGACUGCUCUGACGGUUCUGAUGAGUGGACGGUGCGAUGCGGGGGCGGGUCUGGUCGACCAGCUCCACCUCUCACCCGGAGACUGCAGUGCGGUGCUGGAGAAUUUCGUUGCGGCAGUGGGGAGUGUGUGAGACUGACCUGGAGGUGCGACAGGGACCCUGACUGCAAGGACAAGUCAGAUGAGGCGGACUGCCCUCUGCUCACAUGCCGACCUGAUGAGUUCCAGUGCGGAGACGGAUCCUGCAUCCAUGGCAUCAAACAGUGCAACAAAAUACAUGACUGCCUCGACAAAAGCGACGAAGCAGGCUGUGUAAAUGCCACAAAGUGUGAAGGACCUCUAAAGUUCCUCUGCAGGAAUGGGGAAUGCAUUGACGGCAGCAAAGUGUGUGACAACGUGAAGGACUGCAAGGAUCGGUCGGAUGAACCCAAGAAGGAGUGCAGUUUGAAUGAAUGUUUGCUUAACAAUGGAGGCUGCUCACACAUCUGUGUGGAUCGUCCCAUUGGAUACGAGUGCCAAUGUCCUGCUGGCUAUAAACUCCUGGACAAGAGGACAUGUGGAGAUAUUGAUGAGUGUGAGAACCCUGAUGCCUGCAGUCAGAUCUGCAUCAACCUGAAAGGGGAUUUCAAGUGUGAAUGUCACCGGGGUUAUGAGAUGGACCCCGUAAGCAAGACCUGUAAAGCUGAGGGAAAAAGCCCUUACCUGAUGUUCACGAACAGGCACGAGAUCAGGCGUAUUGACUUGGUGAAGAGGGACUACACGCAGGUGGUUCCUACCCAGAAGAAUGCAGUGGCCAUUGAUAUAGACGUCGCCGCCAACCGCAUGUUCUGGUGUGAUCGUUUUCAACACAAAAUAUACAGUGCUUAUAUCCACGAGGCGAGCGACCCGUCUCGACACGUUACUCUGAUCGACUCAGAUCUGCAUUCCCCUGAGGGGCUGGCUCUGGACUGGGUUCAGCACAACCUCUACUGGACCGAUUCGGGUGACAGAACCAUCUCUGUGGCUUCAGCGGAUGGCAGAAGGAGACGUGUGCUGAUCAACACUGAUCUGAGCGAACCACAGGCCAUCGCUGUGGAUCCAGAGAGAGGGUUCAUGUACUGGUCUGACUGGGGCAUCAGGGCCAAGAUUGAGAAGGCUGGCAUGAACGGUGUAGAUCGGCAAGUGUUGGUGUCUGAGGACAUUGAGUGGCCCAAUGGAAUCACACUUGAUGUGGUUGGUAAGCGCUUGUACUGGGUGGACUCAAAACUACACCUGAUCUCCAGUGUGGAUUUAAAUGGGGCCCAUCGCAGAGUCAUUCUGUUCUCCAGUGAGAGACUCGGCCACCCUUAUGCCCUCGCUGUGUUCGAGGAUCGGGUGUACUGGACAGACCGUGAGAAGGAGGCCGUUUACAGCGCAAACAGACUCACAGGGCAGGAUGUGACCAGCCUUGCCGAGCACCUCAACGACCCUCAUGAUAUUGUGGUUUUCCAUGAGCUGAGCCAACCUGGGGCUCCUGAUAGCUGUAACCUGGGCGGCGUGACUAACGGUGGCUGUGACUUCCUUUGUCUGCGAGCUCCUCAGAUCAGUGAACACUCACCCAAAUACACUUGUGCUUGCCCUGAUGGCGAGGAGCUCAGCCCUGACACACGCCAGUGUGUACCCGUCCAAAACGACACUGCCGUAACCUCUGCUGUCCCUAUCAACAUCACCGUGGAGACAGGGGCUGGCCGGGCACAACAGUCCCCUGCAGCAGUGACUUCACAGUCCGACAGUGUGGUUGAAACCACUUUCUCAUCACUCCUCACUUCCAGCCCAGAGGAACCGGCUGUCUCCUCUAAUGCUACAGCAGAACACAGUCCUACACAGAUAUCCCUAACCACACCAGGAGACCUGAGCAACCUGUCUCAUCACUCUGGCAAUGAAUUGUUUCUCCUUGGCCGUAAUCUGACAGUGGCAGUGCUUGGUGUCGUAAUUCCCAUAGUUCCUAUUGUUGCCACAGUGGUCUUCGGGGUGCUGUGUGCCGGCGUUUAUCUUGUUUACCGCAACUGGAGGAGGAACAGCACCAAAAGCAUGAACUUCGACAACCCAGUCUACCGCAAAACCACAGGAGAGACGGAAGAGGACGAGAUACAUAUUGGUCGGACUGACGGGCUCGCUGGCCAUCACCACCCUUACCCUGGACCCGUGGUCGGCAUGACGCCAGUCGGCACAGGGACGUGCCCGCCAUUCAUCGCUCUGCCUCUGGGGACCGGUUUACCAGACCCUUCCACACACUGGUACACAGAGCAACCAACCAUCUCUAGUACUAAGUGAAAAGGAGACGACUUUAGAAAUACUGUGACUGCAGGGAGCAGGACUGACAUGUGGCUGCCAAGCUAUGCAGGAAUAGCAUUUUAUCAAGCUGAAUCAUUCUUAAAAUGGCCAGGUUUUAAAGCUGCAGCAUGCUGGAGUGCAAAAAUUGGAUGAUUACUAAACGAAAAGGUUUAUCAUUUCAGACCCAUAUUCAUCUGGUCCAUUUUAUCAUCAUUUUAUUGCUGGUUGGAACUACCAGGCCAAGCCUUUUUAAACCUGCAUUAUUAAUAUUUAUCUUAAAAUCGUAGAGAAAUCUAGCACAGUAACUUGCGUUAAAUUUACUACUGAAAAACUGGAACUAGUCUAUUAGACUAUUAAUGUCCAGCACUUUAGCUAAAGCUGUAGAGAGGAAAAAAUUAUCCUUUUUUACUAACAUUGCUUUGUUUGAUUUAGGGUCUUUUACACGACACCAUUUUAAACUAAAAACUGAAAACUUUUUAUGCAUUUUGGCCAUUCAUUUACGCAAAAUUGGCAUUUUGUGGACCUGAAAAUUUAAACUUUUGAAAACAGAAGCAAGUUAGAAAGUUUUUGAAUCUCUGGUAAUCUACAAAAACACAAAUUUGUGAAAACAGUGACAUCAUAUGCAUGCGUAUUACAUGUUCAGUCUAUAGGCGCGUAGUGUUUCUUUACAAAGUGACACUGCCAACUACUGGUCUGGCAUGAAUAAUGCAGCAUUUUUAGUAAUUUUUGCAGAUUGGGAUUGUUUUGACAAUAUUGUCGUCUGUACACAAAAAAACGCAAAGGAAAAACUUUUUCCGUUUUUAGUACAUCGUUGUUGUGUAAACGUACCCUUAGUCAUCAGGCAUGUUUCCAAAAUUAAUUAACCAAUUAAUUAGAACAAAUGAAUUCAUUCAUAAAAAAAUUAAUUAAAUAUAUUAAAUGAUCAUAAAGUACUUUUUAAUAGGCUUAACAAAAAAAAUGGAUGCAUUUCCAAAAGUAACAUUUCCAGAUGUAGAUGGUUCAUGGGCAAACAAGCAAUUUGUGUCAUGACUUCUAAUUAUAGAAAUGUUUAGUAAUGAAAAAAAAUUAUGAACAGUUCAAAAAAUGUUUAAAAAAUUAGCUACAUUUCUUAAACCAUUUACCCGUAUCGCAUAUUAUAAAGUGCAACUGUGUCAUUUUAACAAUCAUUGACCAGUUGCCUCAUUAUAGACACAACAACACAACAAAUAAGAGUUAAAGGGAUAAUUCACCCAAAAUUGAAAAUUAUCCCAUGUUUUACUCACCCUCAAGCCAUCCUAGGUGUAUAUGACUUUCUUCUUUCAGCCAAAUGCAAUCAGAGUUGUAUUAAAAAAUAUCCUGGCUCUUCCCAGCUUUGUAAUUUGAUUGAAUGGCGAGUUUUUGAAGUUCCAAAAAGCACAUCCAUUCAUCAUAAACGUAUUAUAUAUGACUCCAGUGGGUUAAUAAAAGCCUUUUAAAUUGAAGCAAUGAAUUUUUGUAAGAAAAAUAACCAUAUUCAAAACAUUGGUUGCCAGCAAUGGCCGUACACAAGUCUAGUUCCCGCAGAAGAGUGACCUCUGACCUGACGCAUGACGUAUUGAUGAACGUGGAAGUGCAGAGCAAAACAAAACACCAGUCAUGAAUUAGAAGUCCAAAAUGAGAAUUUUUAAAGAGGACUGUCGGAGGAUUGCGAUAUAAUAGAAGAGAGUUUGUUGCCCUGCCCUAUUUGUUUGAACCGCGAGAGGCAUCUGCUCUCACCUAAGCUUACGCUACUCUACCAGAGCUCGACUUGUGUAUGGCCGUUACCGGAAGCCAGUGAUUUUAGUUUAUAAAGUUGUAAAUGUGGAUAUUUUUCUUACAAAAACACAUCGUUUCACUUCAGAAGGCCAUUAUUAACCCCCAGGAGCUGUAUUGGAUUACUUUUUGGAUGGAUGGAUGGAUGGAUGGAUGGAUGGAUGGAUGGAUGGAUGGAUGGAUGGAUGGAUGGAUGGAUGGAUGGAUGGAUGGAUGGAUGCGUUUUUUGGAACUUCCCAUUCACAUUAAAAAAUAGCCAGGAUAUUUUUUAAUAUAACACUGAUUGUGUUCGACUGAAAGAAGAAAGUCUUAUACACCUAGGAUGGCUUGAGGGUGAGCAAAUUAUGGAUAACUUUAAAGUUAACAUGAAAUCACUUUCCUAUGUUUUUGGUCAUACCAUGCGCGAUUGAUCUGUGCAUAAUAAUCCAAAGAAAAAAUAUUUGUCUUAUUCCAAAACAACUUUUGUUUUUGGCUGCCGCCCCUCCAACCACCUGUCAUAUGGAGACCACUCUUCAUGAUCCAAUCAAUUGCCAAUUAAUAAAAUCAAGUCCUUACACAUUUAUUCCUCAUUAAAUACUCGAAUUUCAUUCAGUAAAAACAUCACAUUAUGAACGUAAAAUGGGCUGGAAAUGUUUCCAUGUUGACUUUAAAGUGCCCCUAUUAUGCUAUUUUAAAGGUUCCUUAAUUUGUUUUGGAGUUUACAUGCAUUCAAGGUCAAUUUUCCCACAAUACACAUUUCACAGUCUGAAAACGGUUCUUUCGAAGAUUUAAUCUCACUAAGCCCCUCCUUUCUGUGAGUCUACUCUGCUCUGAUUGGUCAGAUGACUCAGUCUGUUGUGAUUGGUUUACCGCUUACAGCUCAUGUCAGAAAUGAAAUGGCCAUUACCGUAUCCGAAUUUCAGCUCUGGAUCUUCCUCAGCACUUGUACAAAAGUGAUACAAACAGUAACGAUGACGUUAGCUUUACCGUAUCAAUUUGAGCCUGAGUCCUUUUGAAGUGAAUUCAAAGUGGAUUUGCACUGCUGAAAAUAGUGUCUUCUCAACAUGUCGACAACACGAACCAAACUUUUGUUCGACAGUCAAAGUACACCAUUUGUGGCAGCCAAUGAAGAUCAUAAGCUGGCAUUGCGCAAAUUUGUUACAAUGUUACAUAGAUUUGUAACAGGAAGUGAGACUGGAAUUACUGACAACUCUUUCAGCAGUUCAGAAUUGAUUCUUUCUUUUAGGAGACAACUUUAUUUGUCAAGCACUUAGAUCUUUAAAACUUUAAAACAGACCUUUACAUUCACAAACAGCUAUAUUACACAUUACAUGAAAGGGAACAUUUGAAAAAGCAUAAAAGGCACUUUAAUACUAACUUAUAAUAAAAUAUUCAUUAUUCACUACAGGAAAUACAUUUUAGACUGUCAAGUUAGAACCUAAGCAAUAUUUAAAAUAAUUAGCUGUAAACAAAGAAAGAUAUCAAUACAAAAUAUUCACAAACUAGAAAUUUUUUGUUAGUUUCAGCAAUAUUAUCCACUUUUUCUAGCUGUGUUUGCUUCAUAGAGAGACAUUCUUUAUUCAUCACUGGCAUGCAAAUGAAAAGCCUUUGUCCUUGCGAUUACACGAGUGUCUGGUGAGGCUGUGGACGCAUCCCUAUGGGGCUCCACCGCACUGCAGCUACAACUUGGCAAGAUACUGAAAUUGGCAGAGUACGCUGGUUAGUGGAGCAAAACCUGUUGUAAUCACACAGAGUCGGAAUAGAUGUUACGAGGGUCAGCUCAAGUGCGUUACGCAGCAAGGUCUCUUGUGGUUCACACUAAACUGUGUUUGCUACUCUUACACCAGCAGUAAUUUCUGAAAUGUCACAGUUUCACACGUCUGUUUCUGUUAUUGGGGUUGUCGCAUGCUGAACAGGUUUGCCGUGCCGCCCACUUACAUUCACUUUCAUGUUGUUGUUUAUCUCCUGAGUGGAGAAACGGAAAGAACAUAAGCUGAUAGUCGCCCCAAGGGUCUAGCAUAGCUACAGGCACUGAGCUAAAGGUUACAUAAGCACUAUGUUAAUGUCUAAACACAUUAGAAUCACGUUAACAUUGGAAAAAAAGUGUUUCAGACUGGCAUAUGUGCAGACAGUCUGCUCAGCAGAUUUAGUGCUCAUGCUUCGCUGUAAUAGACAUAUCGACCUUUAAAGACGCUCUUGAAAGGCCAUACAUUCCAAAUGCUGGACAUCUAUUCGUGCAGUUGUUUUUGACACAGGGGUACCUCUGCAUUCUUCUGUCAUGUGCUGUGGGAAUGUUUAGUUUUGUCUCAGGGAGAUGGUAUAGAGAGGGGUCAGAUUUCAGUUUAUCAAUGAUAAUUGGCAUUGGAAAUAAUGUGUAAUGCAACCACUGUCGAAAAAUGUUGAAAACAUAAAAUGCAUCUUGCUUGCCUUGCAUUGACAUUAUAUACAGUAGGUUGACCCAGGAUGUGAUGCAUAGAGUGGCUUUGGAAAGAGAGAUUUCUUAGAGGGCUACAUUGUCAAAAAAAUGAAUCAGAUUAUGUACUGGUAUUACUGUCCAGGUCAUAUUUCACCCUAAAAUGAAAAGAAAGAAAUUAUACAGUACAGUCCAAAAGUUUGGAACCACUAAGAUUUUUAAUGUUUUUAAAAGAAGUUUCGUCUGCUC